AUCCAGCCAUAGGCGGUUGACUGCUCCUGCCUCGCCUCCCGUGGCGGGGGUGGGGGCCCUAGCUCCUCCUUCACCCCUCCCCCAGCAGCCCCCUUUCCCCUACCCCCACCCCACUCUGGGGCUGGAGUGUCAGCGUCCCGGGAGGCUGAAGCGAAAUUCGAGGGAGAUCCUGGUGCCAAGUGGCCAGUCCAGCGCCCUGAGUGGCGCGGCACGGGCCAUGGGCCUCUGAGAGCCGGCCCAGGCGGGCCAGCUGUGGGCAGCUGGGCACAGCUGCAGGGCAGCUCCAUGCUGGGGGCCGAGCCAUGAGCGGCGGCCGCUCGGAGUUCAGCAUCGAUGAUGCCUUUGAGCUGUCCCUGGAGGAGGGGGGCCCGGGGCCCGGGGGGACCCCUCCGCGCUUUGGGACGCUGCACUUUGAGCGCAAGAGCCGGGGGGACGUGGAAGAGGAAGGCGAGAAGCAGUCUCGUCUCAAGUACCAGAAUCUGGAGAACGACGAGGAUGCCGUCCGGAGCCCCUCGGAUCCCGAUGGGGCUAUGAAGCUCAGCAGGGACGCUGGCCGCUCCUCCACCAGAAGUUCCCAGUGGUCCUUCAGUACCAUUAGCAACAGUACCCAGCGCUCCUACCACGCCUGCUGCAGCUGGACGAAGCACCCUCUGAUCCAGAAGAAUCGCCGGGUAGUUCUAGCCUCCUUCCUGCUGUUGUUGCUGGGCCUCACACUCAUUCUCACUGGGGUGGGACUCCAGGCCAAGCCUUCUCCAGGUGUUUCCAGUGCCAUCUUCUUUGUCCCUGGCUUCCUGUUGCUCAUCCCUGGAGUGUACCACGUCAUUUUCAUCUACUUCGCUGUCAAGGGUCACCGAGGCUUCCAGUUUUUCUACUUGCCUUACUUUGAGAAAUGAGCCCUGGGCCUUCUUUGGGAUGGAGUGCUCUCCCCCUGCCCCCUGCUGCUGCCUCAGCAGCCCGGAAAUGGACACAGCUGGCCGGAUGCUUGGAGGCCGCACAGCUCCAGGCUGGGCGGGAGGAAGAGGGUGAGGAAGGGGGCCUGGCUGGGGAGGGGUAACUAACUCCAAGGCGAUUCCUCCAGGAAGCAUUCCCUUCCCCCUCCCCCUCCUAGGGUUUAGAGCUGAGAGAUCCCAGAGGCCAGCCAGGCCAGUGCCCCCCACUCUUCCCAAGGGGGGAGUGAAAAUGCCUUUCCCACAGACAGCCUGCUAGUCUGCAGCAGAGCCUGGAUUCGAACCUGGACCCUCUGCCCCUGCUAGACGGGCUAGAGAUGGAGCCGAUGGACUUUGGCUUUGGUCUGAGGAGACAAGGCUCCUGGCCUGGUCCUCUGUGGCCUGGCCCAGCCCAGCCCAGCCCACCACAGGAUCCCUGAGGUCAGAGCUGGAGGUUUGCUCAGGAAGUUUACUGCCCCCACUUCAGCCCCAUCCCUCCCCCUUCCUCCCCAGGCUUCCCGGGCUCUGGGGCCCCAGCCUUCCCCCAUCUCACCUUUAAUCCUGGUGCCUUUAACUUAUUAGGAAGCCCCUGGGGCCACUCUCACACUUGGGGUCUUCUGGCCAAAUAAAAUGGUGUUCAUUCUG